AUGGCCGACGCGUCAAUCAAGAUGGCGGUGAUGCUUGCAAAGGAUAUCUUCGAGAGGGAAAACGAUUUAAGAUCUAUCGUGGAUUACUAUUUGACCGUUGACGGAGUUCGUUUAGCGGUUUUAGUGGCGUUUAAACAUGUAUGCGAUUUUGAUGUAAAAAUAAUGAUUCGAAACUUGAAGGAUAAACUGUUUUUCUGUGAUCAUUUCGAUGACGACGACGGGAUAUUUGAUUUCGUUGCUGAAUACAUGGAUGUCCUAGUUGAGGUCGAGUCUGCGAAUACGCAUAAUCUUCUAUCAAGAGCGAUUAAAAAAUUGACACCGCAAUUAAUAGUAUCGAAAAACAUCGUACUGUCGAAGUGUCUGUCACUGUUGAAAGGAACGGGGAAUCGAGAAAGGGUUACGAUUGAAAACAGCUUAGAAUUCGUUCUAAAAACGUUUCCGAUCAAAGAUAUCACGGAAUCCGUAGAGAAAUAUUCGUUCGAAGCAAAACACGAGAUUUAUCUAAACGCUCUAAACAUAUUGACGGACUUAUACGGCGAUGGACCGAUCCUGAUGGAGUUCUCCCGUUGUAUAAAGUCGUGGUUGGGAUGGAUAGUUAAGUUGAAUUCGACGGGAUACAUCGGCAGGUGUUUGAAAUCGAAGAUGGCGUAUUUGAACGACUUGGUCGCCGUUUCGCUGAAGUUUUAUAAUGACGAUGAAAUAAUAUCAUCGGUUUUGAAGGGGGAUGAAAAAACAGGCGUUAAAUUCUUAAGCGAUUUUAUGCCGGCGACGUUCAAGCACCUGGUGACGAAACCGUACGCGUUGUUGAUGGCCGGUAUGAGACGGUGUUGUUCGUUGUUGAACGAUGUUGUCACGUACGCGGUGCGGAGGAACAGGGGGGUCGAAGUUGUGGAGCCUGUUGAUGCGGUCUGGUCGAUCUAUGCGCCCAUGUCGACCUUCGAUGAGAAGUACUCGAUGUUGCUGUAUCUGUCAAAUAAGCUACCACGAAGUUCUGAUCCCGUGCAGUGGGUGAUCACGGCCGUGAAAGGGGGGAGUCUCGUCGAGAAGAUUAAAUUAGUGAUGUUACUGGACGAUGAAUUAACCGCGCUGGGCCCCCACCUGCCGCCCGCGGGCGCCCGCCGCGCGGGGGGGGCGUGCGCCCUGCGCGCCGCGCUCGACGCGCUCGCACGCGCGCCGCCCGCGCCCCCCGCGCCGCCCGCGCCGCCCGCGCCCCCCGCGCGCCCGCUGCUGGACCUCGCGGCUACUCUGGCGGAAGGAGAGAACACGAAGGGCUGGUGGGACGACGCGUUCGACAUGUGCAUGUCUGCGCUGGCGACGCAGGCCGACGUCCGCACGCUGCAGUACGUUUACUCGCGCACCUUCCACGGCCGCGGGGAGGGGAUCUGCGACCGACUCAUGGUACCACUGUUGAGGUAUGUUAAGCCGUCUCUCUGCGAGGAAUUCGUAUCCAGUAUCCUCGAUGAGCUGUUAUCGUUACUGAAGAUGACUCCGCGUGCAACAAUCAAUCAUUACUCGUACGAAAAAUGCGUGAUGGACUAUGUGAGGGCGUUCAAGGUCAUCCUGGUUGUGUUCGAAAGGGUGCCUAAAGAGAACAUAGAGUCUCCAAGGUCAAUGCUGUACAGUAAGAUGAGCGAGACCGUACGUGACACUCCCUUCUACUUGAUCAGUACCGUCUGCAAGCUCUGCUUCACCCUCCGGACGAAGGUUUCGUGUCCAGAGGGCGCUGAUGAGACAAUGGAGAAGAGUUGCAGGUCGUUUCAAUGUGCGAAUUACAAUUGCUUGGUGACAGCGAUCGUCCUCAGAGACCCGAAGCCAGAGAUAUACGCGACCGUGUUCGACGAGAACGUCUGGUCCAAGCUCAUUGGCGACGAGGACAUCGAUCUGCCAAUCAGGGAACAGUGGAGACAGCGCGUUACCCGCCAGACCGUGCCUGCUUCGCUCAGUGAGCUGCGCACGCGCACCCUUAGCGAAGUGCGCACACGUACGCGCAUGUUCACGCGCACGCUGUCUGAGAACCCGCUCGCGUACGACUUGCUGGAGGAACAUGAUGAGAUGGGGCCCCAAGAGUUAGAGGUAUCGGACAACCCCCUCAACCGCCACCCAUGUUCAGCAACGCUCAGCACGUUGCUCUCGGCCGUUGGGAGCCGGGGGAUCGAGGUGUGGGGGGGACUGGAGCGAGCACUGACCGAGGGCCCCCCUCGCGUCGCUUGGCUCCUGGCGCAGCUGGAUACGUUAAUAUUAUGGCGUGUAAAUGCAAGCGAACACGCCGACAUGACCAUAGAGUGCAUUAUAAACACGGCCAUAAACAACAGACAUAGACCCAACGUGUUUUGGAUGUUGGUCGACAAGUUGGUCAAACUGUUUGACAUUUGGAAAGAUGCUCGACCGAAUUGGACGUCGUUCGAAAAGUAUUUCAUUGAUCCAAAAGCAGACACGGUGAAACAUUGCCUACAGAUACUGAAACGUAUUACAAAGUGUGGCGUCCAGAUACCCCAGCUAAUACCAGCUCUGAUGGAGGCGAUGGAAUCGAAGAGGUGUACGAUUGAGACCUUCGAGCUCUUCGGCCUGGCUCUAGCCGUCGACGAUAAGAGGGACCUCUACAUUAAACGGUAUUUGAAAGUUUUGGAGAAAUUGCGCAAAAGCGACGUAGCUGAAUACAUAAAGUGUCUGUAUUACGUUCAGAAGGGAUAUCCUGAUUGCUGUGACGAAAGCAACUUCCGAUCAAUAACAGAUUUAACGCCAAAAAUCUUAGGUCGCGAGAAGUCGAAAUGUCUCGAGGUGUUAUCGACGUACGUGCUGACGGUCAGACGGACGGAACACGUGGUGUCGAUGUUCGAGACGGCGGGCCUGGGGGAGAACCUAAACACGAUCGAAGGAUUGAAAUUGGUGAGGAAUGGUCUUCACCUCAUGGACGAGCACCGCAGGCGGUACUACGUGCUGCAAGUGGCCGACGCGAGUCGUCACUUGACCGCGAGGCUCCGUCGGGUCGCCUUUGAGAUUCUCGUCAAAGCUUUGGAACUACUGUCGUCGCCCGACACAUCAGAACCGCCGUCAAAGAGACCCGCUCGGGCAUCGAACUCGCUAAUAUUGAGCGAAAAGGACGGCUACACUCGGGCUCUGCUGGAGGGUCUAGCGCGAGGCGUGAUGGAGGGGAACGAGGAAAUAAGGAGGAGUGUCAGGGAGGGGGUCGGGGAGCUACUUGAUAAAGAUCUGGCCGUUAGGUUCUGCGAGAGUUUUUACCUGGCCGUGUUGCCGGCGCGGACGGAUGUCGACAUCGAUCCAGCGGCCAUCUUGGAUAUGUUCUUCCAAAUAUUGAGGGAUGAUACGUUGAAGAAUACGAAGCUGAGGGAUGAACCGAUUCGAACUGGAGCAACUACGAUACCGGCGUCGAACAUUUCCAAGGGAGAAGAAAAUUCGUCCGAAGGAGUCAACGUGCAGAUGUCUCUGGAUGAUAUCUUAGAUUCGCUGUUAAAGUUUUCACAGAGGAAUAUCAACGCUGCAACAUCGCUCAUCAUCCAGGUGAUAAAAGUGAACCAGACGAAGCGUCCAGGGUUCGAUUUCGCGGCGACGCUGGGCGCCGGUGUGGUGCCGUGGCUGGGGGGCGCCGCUCCCUGGGGGGCGGCCGUGGCGCGCGCGGGGCGGCUCUGGGGCUGCGACGGUUUGAAGCGAGCGAUCGACGAACUCCUGAAGGCCACAAAAUAUACGGAGGGAGAGAGUGAUUCUAAGUUACUGUACGAAGAUUACAAGAUCAGAUGCCUCGGGCCGGAGCAGUUCGUUUUGGGAUCCCGUGGUGAUUACGUCGUUCCGCCUCGAGCUUCUAAUAAAUUUUCGAUGCAAGAUUUAGUCUCGACAUUCGGCGAGCUGUCCAAUUGGGACAAUUUGACCAUACGAGAGAAGAGAUCGAUCAAAAGCAGCCUACCACCGAUGUGGACGAGCCGAGAGAACCUGUUAACGUGCUUAAGAGAUCUCGAUCUAAAAGAUUGUCCGAUUUGGAUGAAAUGCAUGGUAUCAUCAUGCAAUGGUGACUUCGAGAAUCACUUCAAAUAUUUGAAGGAUGUUGAUAAAUGGCCGAGGAAAAUGUUCGACGUGUCCGCUGUGACAGAAACGUCAAUAUGGAGGAGCAUUCGCGAAGGCGUUGAUAUGAAAAAUAUAUACAUACCAAACAAUAUCCGUCCGUCCGACUGUUUGGCGGAGUGGGCGGUGAGGAUUAUGAUAAGGUCCACGUUCGCGCAGCCGCCGCCGGCCCGCCCGCACGCGCUGCAGUGGUGCGCGCGCGCCGCCCAGUGCGGCCUGCACGCGCAGCUCGUGGGCUGCUGUGAGCACAUCACGGAUCUAUACGAGACCGAGACGCUGAAGUGGUUCCGUCAGAGAGUGCUCGCCCUCCGAGCGAUCGCGUUGGAGGAGAACGACGUCGAACGCUUGAGGAGUACGCUGAACCUCGCAGUAUCCUUCACGCCGCAGUUCAUCGACAAAUCCAGUUUUGUAGACGUCGUCGGAAUGAACGAAGCGAUACUCAUAUUAAGGAAUGAUUUGAAAUCUUUAAACAAGGACCACAUACAGAGCGUCUUGGAGGAGAUAAAAAAGAAUGUUCUAGAAUGUUCUACCGAUAAAUUGUUUGAUAGAAAAGUUUUGGGAUCGGUCUGUCAACUGGCUUUGAAGUUUUACGAUCAGCUUUGGGAGACGAAUACGGGGCCCACACAACAUAACGAGCUGCUACUCCUCAUGUCAGAAGCCCUGGGUCUCAUUGUAGACUUGGACCUGGCUCCGAAGAACCAAUCGGCUGACGUCAUCAUCAACAGAUUGGACAAUUGCCUUGAUGAGUUGGACGAUGAAUUAGCGGAACACUUACUCGAUAGAUUCAAAUUAAUAAUGAAAAAUCUGGACUCGAUAUCCUUGGAACAGCUCAAAUCUCGGAUGGGGCUCUUCAAGAAGUAUGAAAGUCAUGAAACAGUUAAACUGUUAAGGAAGGACGAGGGUGCGAUGAAGUACAAAAGGUGCCUGAACUUAGUCGGAGACGCGGAACACUUGCUGAUGCAGUACUGCUGCCAGGGCGCGAACGUCGCAGACGAUAAACAAGAAUGGACGAAAGUAAUCGAUGAAAUGAGAUUUAAUAUAUUCGAAAACUCCUUCGCCGGUCCCGACUACCGAGUUCUAGGGAGACAUAAGGCGGCGCUCUACGCUAUUGCCGAAUUUGAUUCCACAGAUAGAGAAACAAAGAAACGUGUCCUGUCAUCGGUCCGAUCAGAUUUGAAGGUGUCCAAGAGGGAUUCCGUCUCGCUCUCGCACGUGUGUCCCGAUCUGACCGCGAGAGAGAUAACCGAUGCCUCUCUGAAUAAGUUGCUGUGUUUGAAACCAGGCGUUAAUGUUUUCAAAUUUGAAGAAAAGAUUCCAAUAUUCAUAGACUCGAUCCGUCGUCCGGCUGUUCUGAGUGCACGUCUGUCUGACGGUAGUCUCCGUAGGUACAUCGUGAAGAGAGGGGAGCGGGUUCGAAUCCACUGCGCCGCGAUGCGACUGUUUACCACAGUGAAGGGAGAGAGGGGUACGCAUACGGGAUAUCACGUGACUCCACUGAGCGACGACUGCGCCCUCAUCGAGUACUUAGAAGACCACGAGAGAUUCAGAACUUUGAUAGCGACCCAGCACCCUAUCGACAGUGUGUGCGACGCGGCCGGCGGCGAGCCGGUCCCGGCGCCGGUCCCGGUCCCGGUGCUGGCGCCGGCCAGCGCGCUGCGGCAGUUCCGCGCGCGGUGCGCCGCCGUGCCGCCGCACGGGCUGCGAUCUGCAGUCGAAGAAAACAGUGCGUGUGUCGAGGAUUUUAUUUGGAAGAAGUCGAAUUUUCUCGAAACUACCUGCGAUAUGACGGUGUUCAGCUACCUGUUUGGCCUGGGAGACCGCCACCUGGAGAACUUGCUGCUGUCGGCGCGGGGGGAGGCGUGCCACGUGGACUGCGGCGCGCUGCUGCAGUUCGGGGGGGAGCUGCCGCCCGCGCGCCUCACGCGCGCCGUGCUGGCGCUGGCGGGGGAUGAAGAAAAACUGGAAAGUCGUCUGCAGGAUACGAUAAGUUCACUCCGGGAGUCUGGGCUCGUGCUGCCCUCCAUUUCCGUGACCUUCAAAUGGAUGGGGGAGAUGUAUAUGGAUAAACUUCCAUACGUAAAUAAUCUCAUCAAAGGCACGAGUAUCUCUCACGCGGUGACUAUCGAAGUUCUAUCGCAAUCGACGCAGCCGUACAGAGAGAAAUAUGUACAGUUACUGGAAGACGUGUUUCGGGAUUUCGAUGCGAAGGAAAUUUACAGUGUCGAGGAACAGGUAUCGAGUCUGCUGCUACAGUGCACGGAGCCAAGGAUAUUGAGCGUGACGAGAGCGAAUUGGGAACCCUGGAUCUAGGUUAAGGGGGUCUAGGUGUUGGUUACACUUUUCCGGGCUAAAGAGUUACUUAUGUGUUAGUCCAAACUAUCUCUGUGUUAAAUUUCAUUAAGUUCGUCCAAACUAUCGCAUUAAUAAAAUUACUGAUGGUGGUACCACUUGGUGGUUUGGCUUUGUGCAAGCCCACUUGGGUACCUACCCAAACAGUACUCAGUAUUGUUGUGUUCCGGUUUGAAGGGUGAGUGAGCCAGUGUAACUACAGGCACAAGGGACAUAACAUCUGGUUCCCAAGGUUGGUGGCGCAUUGGCGACAUAAGGAAUGGUUAAUAUUUCUUACAGCGACAUUGUCUAUGGGUGAUGGUGACCACUUACCAUCAGGUGGUCCAUAUGCUCGUCGGCCAACCUAUACAAUAAAAAUAUUAAAAAAAUACUAACCGGUCACGGCUUCUAACGGGUAAAAUAGGGGUCAACUUUUGUAUUGAAGAGGAAACAUUAAAAGAAAGAAGUUAAAAUGAUCGGCGUUUCUCUACUUAAUUGUGCAAACGUACGUGUCAUACACGCAAACUUUCGCUUCCAAUCGGAAUCGCUCUGUCUGGCGACGGAAACCGCAUUCAAAUCCGUCGCGUAGUUUAAAAGAUCCAAGCGUACAGACGGGAAGCGACUUUGUUUCAUGCUAUGUGAUAUUGUGUAAGUAAGAUUAAUAUGGAUAUGAAAAUAUUGUUUUGUUUAAUAAAGU